AUGCUGGCCAGUUUGGAUUUCAAAAUUGGGCGCUUUGCACCCAAGGAUGAGUCAGCUAAGUUAUUUAGGGAAGCAAAUGUCCUAUACUGGGCAAAAGCUCUGUUAGGUCUCAUCUACAACAUUAUUGACCGUGCUGUGGCAGUUGCAUCUGAGCCUGUACCAUUCAAUAUUCCCCAUGUGCGCUUUGUCGAAGCUGAUAGUAGCAAGCCUGCAUCAAAGGUUGCAUCAGUGCGUGCAUGUUUUCUCUUGGAGGAAGUUAUCAAUGGCGAGGACAAUGAUUUCAUGAAAUAUAUUCAUAAUAUGGACCCCAAUCUGUUACUUGAUCCAGACAAAUCCGGGUAUGACUUUGCACUGUUUCUUGCCUUCAUGCAACAUGUGCAGCAUGUGAAGACAGGUGGGCUGGUCUUCAUCUCUAAUUAUCAAGGCAAUACCAAGCUGUUAACUGACCCACAGAUUAUGACACACCCUUUGGUCAGUGACACAAAAGAUAUCUUUGGAGGAGGCAACAUCGAGAAGGUGGUCAGUGAAUUUGAGACUCGCCACAUUUGCAACCACUUCUGCAAAUGGCCAGGGUUUGAGCUUGAGGAGUUUGGGGGCAAAGUAGCUUAG